CUUCGGGAAAAGUUUUCCCUGGGCGUUUUGUUUGUGCAAACUCUGCCGGAGCAGCCCGGGCUCCGUUGCCGGCGUGGCGGCGGUGCCUAUGCGCCUGGCCCCGCUUCUUUUCCAGCCUGGGCAGCUCCUCUUCCUCCACGACAGGCGCCAAAUGGCUACCCAGUAAACCCCACCGGGCGGGGGCUGCAGCGCCGCCUCCUGCCGUCUUGGCCUCCGGCUUCGGCCGCUAGAAUCGGUGGGGAUUGCGGUGGCGCCUGCGGGCUGGGAACCUGGUCCCGCAGGUGGAAGCGUACCCGGGAGGCGGGCCCGCCCCGGGCUGAAGUGGGUCGGGCUGGCUCUUGACAGUUGGCCAGCCCCGCUCCGGCCUGGGAAGGCGCGCGUCCCGCCCUGACCGGCCGGCCUCUCCCACCCCAGCAGUGACGCGCCGCCUCAGAGCUGGAGCCCGCGCAGCACCCCGCAAGGCGAUGGACAGCCAACCCCCCUGUGCUCAGGACGCCCCCGCGGCGCCCACGCCGCUCGCCGCUCCGGCUGGGAGGAAACCAAAAGCCAAGGCACCACUUCCUCCAGCAGAGAUCAAAUACAUGGAUGCCUCUUCAGUUGAGAAUUCAGUGGAAUCUGCUGCAUUCAUCAUGGAGCAGAAAGAAAACAUGAUAGAUAAAGACAUUGAACUCUCCGUGGUUCUACCUGGGGAUAUCAUCAAAUCUACUACUGUUCAUGGCAGCAAACCAAUGAUGGACUUGCUGAUAUUUCUCUGUGCCCAGUAUCAUUUAAAUCCAUCAAGCUACACCAUCGAUCUGCUGUCUGCUGAAAAGAAUCACAUUAAAUUUAAGCCAAACACACCAAUAGGAAUGUUGGAGGUAGAGAAGGUAAUUUUAAAGCCAAAAAUUUUGGACAAGAAAAAACCUACACCAAUAAUACCCGAGAAAACUGUGAGAGUAGUGAUCAAUUUCAAGAAAACACAGAAGGCCAUAGUGAGAGUCAGUCCACAUGCUCCCCUUCAGGAACUGGCUCCUGUCAUAUGUAGCAAGUGUGAGUUUGACCCACUGCACACACUGCUGAUGAAAGACUACCAGUCCCAGGAGCCCCUCGACUUGACAAAAUCUCUCAAUGACCUGGGACUACGGGAGUUAUAUGCCAUGGAUAUCAGCAGAGCCACUUCUGUUACUGCCUUCAAUAAGUCAUCUCUACAAGAGUCCUGCCAAAUAUCACAAAACCUGGACAUUAUGAAGGAAAAAGAAAAUAAAGGAUUUUUUAGUUUUUUUCAACGUAGUAAGAAAAAGAGGGAGCAAACUGCAAGUGCUCCUGCAACCCCUCUAGUAAAUAAGCACCGCCCAACUUUUACAAGGUCCAAUACUAUUUCCAAACCAUAUGUUUCAAACACCCUGCCGUCGGAUGCACCCAAGAAGAGGCGUGCUCCAUUGCCUCCAAUGCCAGCAUCUCAGAGUGCCCCUCAGGACCUUACAAAUAUCCAGGCGAGGCCAGCUUCUUGUGUGGUGAAAUCCACAAGUGUGGAGGAGACUGAUAAGAGUCCCUGUGAAGCAGGCAUGGUGAGAACAGACUCACUGCAGCUCAGUAGCUCCUCCAUCGGGACUUCAUCUUUGAGGAGAACAAAGCGAAAAGCACCUUCCCCACCCUCCAAAGCAGCCCAGCGUUCCAGUGAUGGAAAUGGCCAAGUGACUGCCCUGCAGUUAGUAGAUGGGAUUCCUCCAGACAGUGCUUUGGAAACAAGCUCCCCUGAGGGGCCAUCCAGCCCAGAAGCCUACCUGGGCCCUGGGCUCCUCAGUCAUGAACAGAGCACGGUUCCCAAACUGACAGAUGAAGCCUCUCUCUCUGAGGGCCCUGGAACGCCUGAGGCAGCCAUAGCAUCAUUGACAUCUGGAAUAAGCUCUGAUUAUAGCCUGGAAGAAAUAGAAGAAAAGGAAGAACUGAGUGAAGGGCCUAAAGAUGAGGUGGAAAAUAUUUCUCUGAAGUCACCAGACAUUCCUUUUGCAUCUACUGAUAUAACAAAUACACUGAAAAAUGAUUCUGACUCAGCCCUUGGCAUCAAUAGCCGAGAGGCCUCUCCAAACUCCAAGGAAGAAAACCAAGAAACUAGAAACACAGAUGGACCAGAGUCACACAGUACUGUGUAUGAUACAAGCAAUGAAGAUAUGAUAGCCCGCAGUGUAAGAAAUUUGAAGUCCGAUUUGGGCCCAAGCGAAGAGAAUGUUCAGAAUGAAAUCAUUGUCCUUACAACAAAUACAGAAGAUACUAUGAAAAAUAGAAUGAGAACAGAAAUCAAUGUAGAAGGGGAAGCAAAAAAUAAGGAUGCAGUCAUGGAAGUUGACAGACAGUCAAGCUAUCAAGCACAUAAAACUGUUAAUGUUGUAACUUCCAAGGAAAAUCAUCUAGCAGCAGCAUCAGUACCAGACCACAAACUGAAUCAGCUUGGUGCAGAAAAGAUGAAAAUGCAAGAUGCGGCAAUUCAGACAAUCCCUUCCAGCAACAGUUCUGAGGGGAAUCACCAAGAUCAUAAUUUGUCUGCUUUCAAAGUUGAUGAAAGUGUGCAAACUUCAAAUAACAAACCAACUCAACACCUAUCUUUGAAUCUACAAAAUUCUGUAAUUACCUCAAGAGAAUUGAGGAUUCAGAGCACCCCAGUCGUAUAUUCAGAAGACAGACUUGCCAUAAAAGAUCCAGCUUGUGCACAAAGCAAUGAUGAUCUUUUGUCUCCUGUAGAUGGAAUUGAUAAAUAUCCAUCUGCUUCUUACCUAAAGAAUCUGCCACUUUAUAGACAAGACUAUAAUCCCAAGCCAAAACCUUCCAAUGAAAUUACAAGAGAGUAUAUACCCAAAAUUGGAAUGACUACUUAUAAAAUAGUACCUCCCAAAUCCCUGGAUAUACUGAAAGACUGGGAAUCAGAAACCAUAGGAUAUAAAGAUGAUCAAAAGAUACAUACUUCAGGGAAUGUGAAGGAGGUUGCCCUGCAAACACAAGACCUUGUUACUUCUGAAGGCCCAGGGGAGCUACAGCUAGACCCUAAACCAAAGCCUAACUUGAGAACAGAGCAACAGUUGCACAGGGCUGUGAGCGCACCCGAUGGUGCUGUGACUAAUCCUCUGAAACCUCCCAGAAUGACUAGAGACACUGGCACAGCUCCUUUUGCGCCAAAUUUGGAAGAAAUAAACAAUAUUUUGGAUUCGAAAUUUAAAUCUCGGAUUUCAAAUCCCCAGGCCAAACCAAGUUCUUUUUUCUUGCAGAUGCAGAAGAGAGUAUCAGGUCAGUAUGUGACAUCUGCAGCUGCCAAGAAUGUCCAUACUGUCCCUAAUCCUGCCCCCAAGGAACUAACAAAAAAAGAGAUGGAAAGGGACACACUGCCUCAUUCAGAACAGACACUUCCUCCCUUAAGUAAAACUACUCACCCAGCUCCACAGCCCCAAAUUAAAAAGAUGGAGGAUGACAUCAUCAACCAGAAACCUGCUGAAACCUCUCCUCCUCCGGUAGCUCCCAAGCCUAUGCCUCUUCCCGCUAGUCAGGUAGCAGCAGUAAACCUGAAGACUUUGAAAACUUUUGGUGCCCCAAGACCAUACUCAAGUUCUGCUCCUUCGCCAUUUGCCCUUGCUGUUGUGAAGAGGUCACAGUCUUUCAGUAAGGCACGGCCCGAGUCACCCAGUGUGGGUGCAUCCACCCAACCUCCAGCUCACACAGAGGAUGGGAAGACUUGCUGUGUACACAGGUGUGCAGACAUCCCACAAAUUGAUAUGAUGGAUAAGCCAAAUAACUCUGCACAUAAUGAACAAAAUUCUCCAACACCAACUCCAGCUGACUGCCCAUCAUUCACCCUUAAGAGACAAAGUUCUUUAACAUUCCAAAGCCCUGACCCAGAACAGAUCCGACAGAGUUUACUGACUGCAAUCCGUUCUGGAGAGGCUGCUGCCAAAUUGAAAAGGGUUACUGUUCCACCAAAUACGAUAUCUGUGAAUGGGAGGUCGGGACUCAGCCAUUCCAUGUCCUCUGAUGCCCAGGAUGGCCAUUAAGUGUGGCCCCACCACAGUGAACUUCACUGCUUUCACUUCACAGACCAGCUUCCUACCAACGGAGAACGUUGGCAAAUGUAUAUUCAGAUGUACACUAAUAUAUUACCUAUUAAAGUGUAAGAAUUUGUGCUCUGGCUUUUCAUGCCAAAAGAAGAAUUAUUAGAAUUUAUAAUUUAUAAUUAUUGUUUCGGUCUUUUUUUUUUUGUCUUAAGAGCUAAAUAUGCUGCUUUAGAACUUUCAAACAAGGUUUAAAUGACUUUCAUUUUGUUUUUCAAAUGAGAAAUAAGCACCCUUUAUUGAUAUCUCUUACUGACACAUUCUUUAUUGCUUUUGUCUACUGAGACAAAUAUAAAUUAAGAUUUAUAGACAUAUUUGUGACACAUGAAUAAGAAAACAGAUCUGAUAUUUGCUGCGUCAGUGUUAGUUGAAAUGGAAACAUUUAUAAGUUAUAUGAAAGACUAUUUUGUGCAGAAAGGAUGAUCUAGAAAACUAGUGGUAUCAAAUAUAUUCUGUUCAAUUAUUUUCAUUUGAGGAAUCACAUUAUGCAAGACAUAUGUAUUUUAUGUAAUUACAAAUCAGUGUCAAAUUUAGAGGAAAUAUAUUUUAAAAUUUUAUUAACCUGGAACACUUUUUGUUUUUGAAUGUUUAGAGCUCAAGUUGCACAGGAGAAUUUUAAAUAUUUUCUGUAUAUAAUUUAUCACACAAAUUACAUAUUUUAUGUGCCAGAGCCUUAAACAUCUUCCUGUGAAAAUGUUAUAUUGUGACACAUUUAAUAUAGAAAGGAAUAGGAGCUAGUUUAUGUCCAUAUUGGAAAACUUCAGACUAUUUGGAAGUUCCAAACAUCCUGGUUUUAAUUAAAAUGGGUCAUUAUUUAGUUCAGAUGCUAAUAUUCUAAAUAAUAAUAUAUAUUUACAUGAAUACUAAAAUGGUAAAGCAAAACAGAGCCUGGGGAAUAGAGCCUAUUGGUGUCUUUUCCCUGCUUGAAGAAUUGCUCAUUCUAAAAGCUUUGUUCAAACAAGCUGACACUUUGUUGGUUUUCACAAAAGCUGUUGGGAUAUAUGACUCUUUAAAAUGUAUUGAUUUUUUUUUUUCCUAUUUAAUAAAAGCAGGUUAUAUAUUGGGGGUGCCUUUUGUUAAAAAUGUAAUUUGUGCCAAUCAGCAUAUUUAUGUGCCUCACCUGAUGAAACACAUCUCUGUUGGCCAAUAAACAAACAAUUACUA